AUGGAAAAUGUAUGGCUUGUGGCGAAUGACUCGUGUAUUAACGGAAUCAUAGGUUUAAUGAAUUGUUUGCGAUUAGAACCGGGAGGAGAGGUAUUCCGCUAUAUCUUCCAUAUGGACACCAAUACUGACACUAACAUUAACUUCAAUACUAAACCCUAUUCUGAUAUAUUGGCCAACGAUUUGAUGGCUAAUGUUAUUAAAGAGGGAAAAGCUGAUACCGGGGAACGGGUGAUGGGACUGGAGUUCGGGCGCAUGUUUUGCACGUCAGCCAAUGUAGCGGACAAUUAUAUGACUGCUAUUCCCGAGCACUGGUCAAUGGCAGAGGCGGUGACUGUAUUGAGCACAUAUAGUACUGUACACUACGGACUCAUUAAAAGGGCUAAUCUUAAUAAAGGCGAAAGUGUUUUAAUUCAUUCGGCGGCGGGAGGUGUGGGUCAGGCGGCUAUCAAUGUGUGUAAACACUAUGAAUGCCUUAUCUAUGCGACGGUUGGGACGGAAGAGAAGAAACAGUUUUUGAUUAAUAAAUACAAUAUUCCGGAAAAACGGAUAUUCAGUUCAAGAGAUAUACUCUUCAAGAAUGAGAUAAUGGAUGCGACGGACGGACAGGGAGUGGAUGUUGUGCUCAAUUCACUGACGGGAGAGAAACUGAGCGCCGGUUUAGAGUGUCUGGCGAUUAGCGGACGGUUUGUAGAGAUAGGAAAGUAUGAUAUGAUUCACAGCAAACAAUUGGCUAUGAAUUACUUUAUCCGAGAUAUACAGUUCAUUGCAGUUGCCAUCGAUUACGUAAUGUUUAAUGAUAUAAAUUAUUUGAAUGAGUUUUACCAUUGGAUGCAUAAGAACUGUACGAAUGGUUGCGUAAAACCAUUGAAUUAUACUGUGUUUGAGGCCAAGGAUGCGGACAAAGCGUUUCGUUAUAUGACAAGCGGUGAACACAUCGGGAAAGUCAUUGUAAAGAUGAGGGACGAGGAAAGGGAAAGAACUGCUCUUACAUUCAUUAAACCGGUUCCCAAACUAUUGGUUUCGGUUAAGACUUAUUUCAAUGCAAACAAAGUCUAUAUAAUAACCGGAGGUUUGGGUGGUUUUGGUCUGGAAUUGAUUCCAUGGAUGCAAUCAUUGGGCGCACGAAAAUUUGUGGUCACUUCCAGAUCUAGCCUUAAGACUGAUUAUCAGAAGUUUAUUUACAAUCGUUUCGUAAAGAAAUCUCAAAACAAGAAAUAUUUUGCCUCUGAUUUAAUGGUUUCGACGGCCAAUGGA